ACUGCUCAAGCUCGAGCGCUUGCUCUCUGCCGCCGAGUCACCCGCAAGAUGGCGACGACGGGCCAUAUCGCAGAUGCGUAUGACACGAUCCUGGUGCUCGAUUUUGGAUCACAGUACUCGCAUCUCAUCGUCCGGCGCCUUCGCGAGCUCGGCAUCUACGGCGAGAUGCUGCCAUGCACACAAAAACUAUCAGAGCUCCCCUGGAAACCCAAAGGCAUCAUCCUAUCUGGUUCGCCCUACUCGGUCUACGACCACGACGCGCCACGUGUCGACCCAGAAGUCUACACGUGUGGUCUGCCCGUACUGGGCGUUUGCUACGGCUUGCAAGAGACGGCGCAUCAUUUUGGAGCGAGGGUGGAGUCGUGUGAACACCGCGAAUACGGCGAAGCGAUUAUUAGCAUCAUCAAGCACGGCAACGAUGGAAUCUCUCAUGUCGAUAAGCUCUUCGAGGGGAUCAGUGGCGAGAUGCCCGUCUGGAUGUCACAUUCUGAUAGACUGCAGAACAAGCCAGAUGAUUUCGUUGUGGUCGCCACAACGCCAAAUGCUCCCUUUGCUGCGCUCGUGCACGAGACCAAACCCAUCUAUGGCAUACAAUUUCAUCCGGAAGUGACUCAUUCGCCUCGAGGCAAAGAAGUCAUCGCCAGGUUUGCCGAGCUCAUCUGCGGCUGUGAGGCUUCGUGGAAGAUGGAGACUUUCAUCGACAAGGAGAUUGCAAGGAUACGAGAGCUCGUGGGUCCCAAAGGCCAAGUGAUCGGUGCAGUCUCUGGUGGCGUCGAUUCUUCUGUUGCUGCAAAGCUGAUGCACGAAGCCAUUGGCGAUCGGUUUCAUGCAAUCAUGGUGGACAAUGGCGUACUACGAAUGAACGAAGCCGCACAAGUCCACAAGAUGCUCAACGAAGAUCUUGGCGUCAACUUGACGGUAGUAGAUGCGAGCGAUCUCUUCCUCACCAAGCUCAAAGGCGUCACCGACCCUGAGAAGAAACGCAAAGUCAUCGGCAAUACGUUCAUCGAGGUCUUUGAAGCGAAAGCAGCAGAGAUUGAAGCGGAAGCGGAGAAGGAGCUAGCGGUGCAAGGAGGCGAGGCGAAGGGCAAGAUAGAAUGGUUGCUGCAAGGGACAUUAUACCCCGAUGUGAUUGAAUCGAUCAGUUUCAAGGGUCCCAGUGCAACGAUCAAGACGCAUCACAACGUUGGCGGCUUACUGGCGAACAUGAAGUUGAAGUUGAUCGAGCCCCUCCGCGAGCUCUUCAAAGACGAGGUGCGAUCGCUUGGCAGACUGCUUGAUAUCCCUGCCCAUCUCGUCGGGCGACAUCCCUUUCCAGGCCCCGGUCUAGCUAUCCGCAUCCUUGGCGAAGUGACGAGAGAACAAGUCAAGAUUGCUCAGCACGCCGAUUCGAUCUACAUUGAAGAGAUCCGCAGAGCAGGACUCUACGACAAGAUCUCUCAGGCAUUCGCUGCACUGUUGCCUGUCCAAGCUGUAGGAGUCCAGGGCGAUAGGCGUACAUACGAUCAGGUCAUCGUGCUCAGAGCGGUAGAGUCGCAAGAUUUCAUGACGGCAGAUUGGUUCCCUUUUCCUGCAGACGUCUUGCGGAAGAUCUCAUCCAGAAUCACCAACGAGGUCGCCGGCGUCAACAGGGUGACGUACGAUAUCACUUCCAAGCCUCCUGGAACAAUAGAAUGGCUUUAGAAUCGCAACAACAGCGUGUACAAAUAGGCGGGCAUGCAAGCAGUCAUUCUUUCCAAU